AGGCGGCCAAACCCCUAAUAUAUAUUCACUCCAAAUCGCACAUCUCCACUCUCUUUCUUUCUCAGUUCCUUCUCUCCAAAUUAAGCAUUCCUGUGCUCGUUGUUGCGACGGGGAUGAAGGGAAACAAAGCUACAAUCUUAUCCUUUGCCGAGAAAUGCAAGAGUAUUUUGGAAUCAAACUGGCAAGGGAAGCUUUGUACAAUAAAAGUCGACGCCAAAGGGAGCAAGGGAGAAAUUUAUAGUUCGAAGGUCAAGUAUAUUGUGAAGAAAGGGAAACCCUACAUCUGGGUACCUGAGAAAGAUGCACACAAUAUGAACACAAUUAUUGAUGAGCGCGGUUCUUUAUCCGUUACUAGUCCCAUGACUGGUGCACUUACACAAUUACUAAGGUCCUUAGAAAAGCCUCCGUCACGGAUUGCUCUGCUAGGAGAAGUUGCUCCCCUUAGAAAUGAGAAGGCAAAAAUAGUAUCUGAAGCUCUUGAAGGAAUCAUAUCGUCAGAAAGGAAAGCUAUGAAAGAGGCCAACCAUUUGGUUUCUGGCAUAAUGUCUUCUUCAAACAUGAAAGCUACAACUCGAAGUGAAAGCCUUAUGGGAAUUAUUAAUAGCAACGAAAGCUAUGUGGUUUAUAAGUUCAGUCCAAGUUCAUACACGUACAUCGAUAGCAAUGGAGGCAAUCAUGAAGUUGCCGUAGAAGAUAUUGCAACAGCUGAGAUAGAUCCCUUAUCACAUUUUUCCACAAGUUUAAUUGACGGGAUUAACAAUAGUGAAGCAAGGCGCAAAGCUCUAAUACUUUUCUGUAUUACUCAUCAGAAUACAAAUGCCAAGGAUGCUUUCAUGCUUUCAGUGGAUUACAAAGGAUUUAAUGUGUUGGGGAAGAUUUUAGGUCCAAUGAAACACGACGGUUCUCGUGACUACACGUGGUCAGAGUUUCGGUUUACAUUCGAUGAGCAGGCCCACGAUUUGCAGACCUUCUGUAGUCGACUUGUAGAGAUGGAAGAAAAGGCUCUCAAGAAAGUUACUAGCUUCAGUGGCUUGGGGUUGAAAACUGAAUAGAUAUAUCGAGUGUAUUCUGAAACAACUAUUAAAAUUCGAAGAAAUGAAUUUAUUCAAUCUCAAUAUGAUCCUUGUCUUUUCUCUA